AUGAUCACUCCUCGGGUAUCAAACGCUUCGGAUCUUCUAAGAAAGUCAAACAAUCCUUUGAAUUGUGAAGUUUCUGUUCUGGGUCCUGAUUUGAGUCGAUCUAGCAGUUGUGUUAGCGAAAGCUCCGUAAAUACAACUUUUGAUUCAUCAGAAAUCAUUGAGAGGCCCAGUAACUGUCGAAUCUGUUAUGACGGAACCUCAAAUACGCUUAUCUCACCCUGUCGAUGUAGAGGCACAGUAGGACUUCUGCACAAAUCCUGUUUGGAGAGAUGGCUUCAAGUUUCUCAGACGAUAAGUUGUGAAAUUUGUGGUUACAAAUAUAAACUCCGCCAGAAAUCACCUCUUCCCAUAGAUGAGGAGGAAAAAACGUCCCUAAGACACUCAAUGAGUGCUGAAAUCAGUCAGCACAACUUUCUCGAGGAAUGGUUGCAUUCGCGCUCGACGAAACGAAGAAUCGUUACCGACUGUAUUUUCUUAGCCCUUUUAACCCCAGUUACGUGUUUUGGUGUGUAUUUUUGUAUUUCAACGAGUUUACACUUCUUUAAUAUCGAGGGAUCGGGUUCGUGGAAAUUCGCCGUACUUUUAUCCAUCUCCAUCAUUUUACUUCUGGUUUUUCUCCUCUGGUUCGGACUGGCAAUCCAAUAUCACAUUCGAGCUUAUCUGUCAGUUCGGCGAAGAGUGGAGGAUUCCAUUCGAGAAUCAUUCUAUCGACAAUCUCUCGAAAGAUCCUGGAGGUUUUCUGUACAUCCUGGUUCCUUUUCUCGUCCGAAAAUGUCCACCCCUUUAGUUGCACCCAAGCCUCCUCUCUGUGUUUUAAAUGGCGACUCGGAAAUAGCAGUUAUAAGUCAAUAA